AUGGCCACUCAGCGCCAGGGCUUCCGCCUCCCCCUCGUCUACCGCCUCUUUUUCCUGCUUCUGGAGCCCGUUUCGGCCCUGGUGGGCGCCUACUUCAACCACUUCCGCCAAAGUGACUACCUGGCGCUGCUUCAUGGCGCGUCUGCCCCGUCGGACGCGUCUGCCCUGCCACUCGGCACGUCGGUCGCCAUGUCCCAGCUGGCGAAUAUGUACUUCUUCUUUGCUGUCAACGAGGCUCUUGUCCUGCGGUCGACGUGGGACAUGCGCGUCUGGAGGACCGUCCUGCUCGUGAUGCUGGUUGCGGAUUUUGGCCAUUUGUAUUCGAUGAGGGCGCUGGGGCCCGCCAUCUACUACGAUGUGUUUGGCUGGAAUGCCGGGGACUGGGGGAACGUGCCGUGGGUGUAUGCUGGGGCUGCGUUGAGGAUAUGUUUUCUCGCGGGUGUUGGGUUGCGGGAUUCAAAGAGACGACAAGGCUAG